AUGUAUAACAAUUCAGUUUAUCCUUGGACAGAGAGCAUGUUGGGUCUUGGCUGUACUCUCUUUGCACUUUGUGUAAUCAUUUAUACUCCUGCGAGAUUCUGUCACUCCUUUAUUUCUGUAAGUUUAAAGAAUAAUGCAUGGACAUGCCCUUACUGCCAUGUUUAAUAUCCUUCUGAAAAAUUUCCAGCUCCUGAUAGUGCCAAGAAAAUGAAGAAAAUAUACCAAAAUUGCUCCCAAUGUCAAACACAGCUGCUGCUUCUCAUUUCUUUGGUAUGUCUGAGUAAAAUUAGAGUUCAUUGGAGAACUUGUGAACAAUGUAUAGAAAAAUAUGGACCUGUACAGGAGCUUGGAGAUGCUGUAACAAGAUGA